AUGCAGAACAAAGCUGUGAACAACCCUUUAGAUGAUCACGUCCAACUACUUGAAGACAAGGAUGAAGCUGUGAACGUUCAGUUAAAAAAUAUAGCUGAUUUUAUUCCGCGGUGUGAUCCUUCGAAGAAACCAUUUUUAAAUCAGACUUUCAACGAUUUGGAUUCUGUUUACGAGUUCUACAAAGAAUACGGACGAGUUUGUGGUUUCGAUAUUAAAAAAUCAGCUGGAAAAAAACGACAGAUCAGGGAAUACAAUCAGUAUGGUAUGGUUUUUGUACCUUUGAUUGGCAUAGAUAACCAUUGGAAAAGCACUACAUUUGCUGGUGCUUUGCUUGAGAGCGAAUCCGCAGAAAGCUUCAAGUGGCUAUGUAACUCUAUGAAAAGCAUUUUAGGACGAGAACCGAAAUGUAUCAUCACAGACCAAUGCCCAGCAAUGAAAGUUGCAUUGGAGAUUGUAUUUCCACUAGUUAAACACAGGCUUUGUAUGUGGCAUUUUAUGAAGAAGUUCCCAUCAAAGCUAGGGUCAUUGUUUUGCGCAGAAUCUGCGUUCAUGGACAGAUUAAAUAAGUUUGUUUGGUCUGACCAUACAUCACCGUUAGAUUUUGAGGAAGGUUGGAACGAAGUCAUAUCAGAUUUUAAUCUUUCCGGUAAUAAAUGGCUUACCGAAUUAUACGAUAUACGUCAUUCAUGGAUACCUGCAUACUUCAAUGACGAACCAAUAACCUUGUCAAACAAGGAAAUCGAGAAAGAUGCUGCACAACAUUACACAAGGGUAAUGUUCUACAAGAUACACGAGGAGAUCAUGGGAUUCAGUGGAGAUAUCUCUAUUAUGGACUUGAAAAUGGUUGAUUCAGUCAAAACAGUUGUCAUAAAAGAUCCUCAAAAUAAAUCAAAUUUAUUUGAGGUAUCUAUAAAUCUUGAAACACACGAUUUAGAGUGCUCUUGUAAGCUUUUCACACGCGUGGGAUACCUAUGUAGCCAUGCAUUUUUCUAUUUAGGUAUUAGUGGAAUCCACAUAAUACCAAGGCAGUAUGUUAUGAAUAGGUGGCUAAAGAAAGCAGUGGAGAGAUUUUCAACAUUAGAGCUUGGAGAAAUUUCAGACCCACUAUCUGGGGAAGAGUCUCGUAGAAAGAAGCUGCAGGAGUGUUGGUUUAUUUUCCAAAGUUGUGUUAGUGAGGCAUCCUCUGACCAAGGUCAAAUUAAUUACCAUUACGAUAGUUUGAAGGUGAUUUCAGAACAAAUGAAGAUAUCCAAGAAAAGUGCAGGGUAUUGUUUAAUCCCAGACAUGGUUGAAAAUUUAAUCGGUUCAAAGAUUGUGGAAGAUGUAACGGUAUUACCUCCCAACCAGAGUAAUAAUAAGGGUUGUAGAAAGAGAAUGGUAAACCCCGCUGAGAAAUCACUUGGAGGGAAAAAAAGAACAAUAAGACAAUAUCAGUUCUGUAAUACUCAAGCUUAUCAUGAUUCUAGGAACUGUCCGGAGAAAAAAAAAAGAAGGAACAUCCGGAACAGUAGUAGAAGAUAA